UCCUAUUUAUAAUGAAAGUUUUGGGGGCUAAAGUGUAAUUUAGAGAAACUCAAAAGGCAUUUUCUCAACCUUAUUCAUUCCGCCGUCACCGUCGCCGUCGGUGAAAUCUACCCUCCUCGAAGAUACCCGAAUACUACCCAAAAGCUCGAUUCUUUAACACUUUCUCGGGAUCAUCCUCAAUCCUCAGUGGCCUGUCAAUGUCCAAGAUGACGUCAUCAAGAACCGCUGACAUCAUGCGUGUGAGCUCGCAUCGUGAGGUCUACGACCCCUGCGACGACUCAUUCGCUCUAGUCGACGCACUACUCGCCGACCAAACCAACUUAAUAAACCACAACCCUAAACUCUGUAUGGAGAUCGGCUGCGGAAGCGGAUACGUCAUCACUUCCCUCAUCCUCCUCCUCAAAGACAAUCUCCCCAACGUUCAUUACAUUGCCACAGACACGAACCCCAUCGCCGCACGUGCGACGAACGAGACUCUGCAAGCUCACGGCGUCUCUGCCGAGAUUGUAUGCACGGACAUAGCUUCUUGUCUGGAGGAGAGGCUCGCCGGGUGUGUAGACGUGGUGGUGGUGAACCCUCCUUAUGUCCCCACGCCUGAGUACGAGGUUGGUGUUGAAGGGAUAGCCUCUGCUUGGGCGGGAGGGGAGAACGGGAGGAGUGUUAUCGAUAGAGUGUUGCCUGUGGUUGAUGGUUUGCUUUCUGAAAAGGGUUGGUUCUACUUGGUGACGUUGACUUCGAACUACCCGUCUGAGAUUUGUUUGGUGAUGAGGAAGAGAGGUUACGCGUCGAGGAUCGUGGUGCAGAGGUCGACGGAGGAGGAGAAUCUUAUUAUUCUUAAGUUCUGGAGGGAGGAAGAGGAGGUGGAGAGUGUGGACAAGGAGGCGUCACCGGUGUCGUUUGUGAAGCAGUUUUCGAGGUCUUUGUCAUCGUUUAUGGAGAAACAGUGGCGAUGAAAUGAUGUCAGGAGCUUUCUUUGUUGAGACAACUUGACAUGUAUUUUUUUCUAGUGUUCGAUUGUUAUGAAAAUCCGGUUCUGUGUUGGUCUAUCGGUUUUGUAGAUUACUAAUACGAAUUUGAUUACAACUGCUUAGUAAAAGUUUAUAUAUAAUCGAACAUGAUUACAAA